CAUUUGUUAAAAUCAUUUAAGUUCGUUUUUUUCCUCAUUAAUGUACACACAGAGCCCCGUAUUGACAGAAAAAAAACGUAAUUGUUGAAAUGUUUGCUGAUUUAUUAAAAAAGAAAAACUGAAAUAUCACACAGUCAUAAGUAUUCAGACCCUUUGCUGUAACACUCAAAUAUUUAAACUCUGGUGCUGUCCAUUUCUUCUGAUCAUCCUUAAAAUGGUUCUACACCUUCAUUGGAGUCCAGCUGUGUUUGAUUAUACUGAUGGGACUUGAUUACGAAAGCCACACCCCUGUCUAUAUAAGACCUUACAGCUCAAAGUGCAUAUCAGAGCAAAUGAGAAUCAUGUGGUCAAAGGAACUGCCUGUAGAACUCAGAGACGGAAUUGUGUCAAGGCACAAAUCUGGCCAAGGUUACAAAAAAAAUUCUGCUGCACUUAAAAUUCCUAAGAGCACAGUGGCCUCCAUAAUCCUUAGAUUUUUAAUCCCUAAACGUUUGGGACGAUCAGAACCCUUCCUAGAGCUGGCCGUCCGGCCAAACUGAGCAAUUGGGGGAGAAGAGCCUUGGUGAGAGAGGUAAAGAAGAACCUAAAGAUCACUGUGGCUGAGCUCCAGAUAUGCAGUCGGGAGAUCACUCCAGCCCUCCACUAGUCGGGGCUUUAUGGCAGAGUGGCCUGACGGAAGCCUCUCCUCAGUGCAAGACACAUGAAAGCCCACAUGACCAAGAUAGAAAUUGUUGGCCUUCAUUCUAAGUGGCAUGUGUGGCGAAAACCAGGCACUGCUCAUCACCUGUCCAAUACAGUCCCAACAGUGAAGCAUGGGGGUGGCAGCAUCAUGCUGUGGAUGUGUUUUUCACCUGCAGGGACAGGGAGACUGGUUGCAAUUGAAAAAAAGAUGAAUGCGGCCAAGUACAGGGAUAUCCUGGACGAAAGCCUUCUCCAGAGUGCUCAGAACCUCAGACUGGGCCGAAGGUUCACCUUCAAAAAAGACAAUGACCCUAAGCACACAGCUAAAAUAAUGAAGGAGUGGCUUCAGAACAACUCUGUGACUGGUUUUGAAUGGCCCAGCCAGAGCCCUGACUUAAACCCAAUUGAGCAUCUCUGGAAAGACCUGAUAAUGGCUGCCCACCAACGUUCACCAUCAGACCUGACAAAACUGGAGAGGAUCUGCGAGGAGGAAUGGCAGAGGAUCCCCAAAUCCAGACGCGCCAAACUACGGCUGUACUUGGAGCAGCUGAAGAAGCUGGUGCCUUUGGGUCCAGACAGUACCAGACACACCACACUGAGCUUGCUGAAAAGGGCCAAGAUGCACAUCAAGAAGCUGGAAGAGCAGGACAGGAAGGCUUUAAACAUGAAGGAGCAGCUGCAGAGAGAGCACCGCUACCUCAAACGUCGCCUCGAGCAGCUCUCUGUGUCUGGAUCUGUGGAGCGCAUCCGCACUGACAGCAUGGGCUCCACCAUCUCCUCCGACUCUGAGCAAGAGGUGGACAUCGAGGGUAUGGACUUUACCCCUGUCGAGGUAGACAGCGUGGGGAGCAUCAGCGACCCCGAGGGAGAGGAGGUGGAGGACGAAGAGGAGGAGGAGGAGGAGGAGGAGGAGGACCACUACAGCCUCCAGAGCAGCUCCAGCGACACCAGCUACACGGCCCCACAUUCCCACAGACUGCAGCCACACCACUGUUAGACUUACCGUGGCCAGUCGAUCCAGUUUCUUCAACCCACCUGACCCCCAACCCCCGCCCCCGACCGACCUCCAGACCGCCACCACGACUGCGUGCACCCACGACCCACGUCCGAGCAGUCCACAAAGGCGCUAACCAGAUGAAUGCCACUCAAGCCUUUGGAAGCCCUGACCCCACCUCAACCUGUUCUCUCUUGUACCAACCAACCAGCCAGUCACUCAACCAACCAACCAACCAACUAGUGAUCCUACCAACCAACCCACCAAUAAAAAAGCAACAACCAACCAACCCACCAAUAAAAAAACAAGGACCCACCAACCAACCAGCCCCUUAGCCAGUGUAGCUGCAGGCUCACAGACAGCAGUGGGGGACUUUUGUGGUGAGAUGGAUAGCUUUAACUUGUUAAUCAGGAUUUGGGAAUCUGUGCGUAUGUGUGCGCGUAUGUGUUUGUAUGUGUGCGUCAGACGAUAACACAACAAAAAGCUCUGUGUGUCAUCGCCACGUGGCAAUAACACAAAGACAAAGGCCUUAAAGUAUGCACAUCACCUCCGUCAGUUUCCGCAGUCCGUACACAACUUCAGGACCUCAUUAGCCUGCCGCACCACACAGGACAAGCAAAAUAGGCAGCGAAGCUCAAUCCAGCGCCAGAUUCAGGAAACAUUUGAGUUUAGCACCAGAGAGGUGAAGAAGAACCAGUUAGCCUGGUUCUCCAAUGUAACGACAGCACCUUAACAAGCCUCUAAAGUGUCAUUUCAUUUGUACAAUUCACUCGUAUUUAUUGUCAUAACAGAAGCUACAAUUGUGUUCAGAAUAAUAGCACUGUGUUUAAAAGAAAAAGUAAGUAAAGCUUAAAUCCUUGUACUGUAUAAGGGGUCAUUGGACCCCCUUUAUAUCAUAACAGUUUGUCCGAUUCUGGAUUGUAUGCUGUUUUCGGAGGUACUGGGGGCCGGCGCCGAUGUAACCUGAUUAUGGAUAAUUAUGGAAAACAUUUGUAUGAAAAGCACUUCUAGGCUACACAUAUACAACAUUCAAAUGAAAAACAGUAAGUACGGCGCUAACUGAGUUUUCUUCCCCCUCCGGGUUAAACUAGUUCAUUUUAUAUGUGUUAAUUUAUAUACAGUAUAUUUCCAUACACUAAAAUGCACUGGGAACACUGCACAUUCUAUUUAAAACAUUAAACAUCAAAUGAAAACGAUCUAAUUUGUUAUUCCUUUCGAGAAAGUGAAGGAAACUCCUUUUGGGGGGGGGGGGAAAAAUUAACUUUCGGAAUUUUUCUUUACAAAACACAACUGCUUCACAUCUGUGUUGCAUGGAGUGGACCCACUUUAACAUUCUGCUACUAUCCUGAACACAGCUGUCGUACACAGAUCGUUACCCUCAUAGCAUAAUUGGCUAAGUCGUUUUUGAACAUUUUAGCAAAACAUGGAAACAGUUUUUUAGUAAGCACAUUGGUAUUUUUUUUAUUGAUAUUGUGACAGUAACUUGAAAAUGACUUGGGGAAAUGAUGUUAUCAGGCCUAAUGAAAUCCUCUAGCGUUUUGAAAAAGCCACAUUCGGCCUGCUUCUCGCCAUUUUCAGUCUUCGCGCUACAAGAAGCUAGUCUGAGGCUCGGCUCAUCCUCUCCGAGUCAACCGGUGGCACUGAAUUUCAGGCAUUCGGGGGACAAAAACAAGCCGGAAGAGUCACAGAGCUGCCGCAGAGCACACUAGCAAUUGGAUUAUGUAUCGUUCCAAUUUGUCAAUUUUGUUUUUUUUGGGGGGGGGGGGGUUGGGUUGCCUCACCACUACUCCACACUACUGACCACUACACUAUAACACCCUAUGGUGUGGAUGGACUACUAUGGCCUUUUCGCAACUCUAUUGUCUCAGUAGCGAAGCGAUGUAGCAGAGCAUGCAGGAGGAGGGUGCUUCCUCCGAGUGUUUCAAAUGGUUCUGGUUGGACCACAUUUUUUAUUUUUUUAUUUUAAAAUGCCAAAUAUGGUUACCAAAUGGCAGAAUCGGCAUUCAUCUGCAGCAGCUCUGUCACCUUUGAGAUUAUUAUUAUUUUAUUUUUUUCAACGCUGUUCAACAGUCAUUCCUAUUUUGUAAGAACAACAUUAGAAAUAAUCUCUGCCCAAACCUUCUUUAAGGUUACAAACGACGGUCACUGUUGACGGAGGAGGCACUUCUGUCGGCCACUUCAGGCGACAUCUUUGCGAAAAUAGGUGCAUCAUGUUAGGCCUUGUAAAAAAAACUAACAAAAAAAUGUAUAUAUGAAAGGCUCAAAAUAUGUCAAACCCACACACAAAAAAAAAUCGCUAUAUUUGCCAGUGUAGUCUAUUUCUCGCCUUAUAGUUUGUAUUGUAUUUUCCUACAUGUGCUCUUUUAAAAAAAAGACAAAAAAGUAAGUAUAUAGAUAAUAUAGAUGUAUAUUUCUUUGUGUAUACAUACAGUAUAUACAUUUUUUUUGUAUAUAUAAUAUGCAAAACUGACUAUGUAUGGAUGUAUACACAAAUACAAUACAAAAGCCUUUAUAGAGAAAAUAAUGCUGUCCAAGUGGUAUUAAUUGGUUAACUGGCCCCAAAAUUGCAAUAACAUUAUGACAUGACAUUAUUUUAAUUCUAUUUCUCCGAAUUGUCCUUCUUUAUCAGUCAUAAUAAUCAGACCGUUCUGGUAAAAUCACGUUCUGUACAAUUGUAAUUGUCUUUUUAUGAUUAUUACUUUUUACAAAUUUAAGAUAAAAUAUUUUCUCUUAAAAUUAAGAAUUACCUCUUGUCAUAUUACAAGAAAAUUCACAAGAAAUUAUGACAUCUUUUAAAUAUUGAAAUUUCACAUAAAAUUGCGACUUUUUUCUUGUCAUUUUCUAACAUUUCCCCCUCAUAAUUGUCCUAAUGUUCUCAUAAAAUUAAAAUGGUUUAUAGAAAAAAUGCGACUUAAUUCACAUAAAAUAUGACUUUUUCCUCUUUAUUAAUGUAAAUAUAUUUUUAAAUGCCUUUCUUGCAAAAUUACAACUCCCAUGUUGUAUCAUCACUAUUCUUUUCUCGUAAAAUUCCCUUUUUUUUCUCGAAACGGACUUUAAAACAUAUUUUUACCAUAAUUGUUUUUUUUUCUUUUUUUCUCAUUUCUUCUCAUCAUUUUUUCCCUCCAAAAAUGCUGUCUUUUUCUUUUAUUAUUACAACUCUUUAGUUGUUGUAAUACUCCUAUUUUCUUCUAAAAAAAAAUAUUCUUUUGUCAGAAAAAAAAAAAAAUAAUUUUUCUUCUCAUAUCAGAUUUUUGUAGCACAGUAAAUAAAAUACCACUCGAGACAGAGCGUUGUAUUCUCUGUAAACGCUGACUAGUGGAUGCAGUGUCGUUAGAUUGUGCAGGUGUACCUAAUGUAGUGGCCGCUGAGUGUCUGUAUAGAUUUCUAUAGAAAUGGAAAGAUGGCUCCAUGUAAAGCGAGAGACUUGUGGAAGGGAGUACGGGGGGCAGACUUUACUGCUGCGUUCUGUGCCCCGGUGAGCCGCCCAGCCCUGACCCCGCCCCCAAAGCCCGGUUCCCCGCUCAGGUUGCCCCGCCCACCUGCCCUCUCACCCACCCACUCGAAACAUUAACCAAAAACACUUCCAACCAGCAGGGGGCGUGCCAGGAGAGGUCCGCGCACCUCCCCUCCUCCAACCCUUUGGCGCCCCGCCUCCCUUCGGCCCGACUACACUGGUAACGCCCCACGGCAGCUUCUAGUCACCCCCCGCGCCCCCCCAAAAAGGUCACUACCGGGGGCUGGAACCUUUUAGGCUUGAAGCUUGUUUAUUAUUUUUGUUCUUUUGCUGUUGUUGUUUUCAAUGACUUGUGUUGGUCGAGCGGGCGCGGCCGGGGGAGGAGCGAUUUUCAAGAAAAAUUGACCCGAUGGCAGCUUUGCGGUAUAGAUCGUCUCCCAAACGUCCCGGCCGGGCCUCGGCCUCGCCAACAGUGUUUUUUUUUCCUUUCUUUGUUUGUUUCUUUGUUUGUUUGUUUCCAUGGUGACACAGCAAUAAGACCAUCGUGUGCUUUUUUUCUGAGGGAGGCCAGGGUUUUUUUUUUUUCUUCUCUCUUUUCAUUUGAAUUUGGAAGACAAGCAGGUGUUUUUGUUUUUUUGACUCUGUGGUGCGCUUAAUGGUGACCAACUCUUGACGACCUCCUAUCUGCACUCUCUUCAAACACUGCAGGAGGGCCAAGAAAAAAAUGGAGAUUUAAACGAAACAAAAAAAAAAGCUGUUUUUUUUGUUGUUGUUUUUUUUAAUUAUUUUGUCGUCAUUGACAGUUUACAUUCAUGUCGAGCAUUUGAACGUGACCGUAGCGUUCAUUUCAGUCUGUUGGUUAGAAAAGUUUGGUAGCGUAUUGCUGCCACACACGCACACACAAAGGCUCAGUAUCACGUAAUUACGUGAAAAGUUUAUUCUUAUAACCCGUACCCCCCCAAAAAACAGAAACAAAAGAUAUAUUUUUAAAAAUAAUGGACACAAACGAAGGCUGCCGAAAAUAAAAAGUAGUCCCAAAUCUGAUGUGUCACUGCAGUGUCAACGGGAGUUUCCAGUUGUGUCUUUGAUAUGGACCAACGUCACCCGUCUCUGGGGACUCCCUUCAUAUUUUCACGUUAAAGCAAGAGAAAUGAUAAAUAAAUUAGCCUAAUAUUGCCUCCUAAUUUUUGAACAUUUCCAGAAAAAUAAGAACAAAAUUCAACACACAAGAGGAGGGUAUUUGUGUGUGUGUGCGUGGCAGCAAUACGCUUUGAUUUAAAAAAAUGUUUUUUAAAAAUAAAGCAUACUAAUGGCAUGAAAGAUGAUCUCUUGCACAGAACCUCCCUGUAGGAAUGAGGACGGAGCAAGCGGAAGAGAUAAUAAAAUAUGUUGGAGGAAUAGGUUGUGAUGAUAUCACAAUUAUAAUAUUACGAGCGGAAAAAAAUCUGAAUUUUGGGACUUUUGAUAAUUAAAAAAAAAAAGUGUCUAUUGCAAAAUAAAAUUGUGAAUUUUGAAGAAAAACCCGUAAAGGAAUGACAAUGUCACGUUUUCAAAAAAUGUUAUUUUUUUCCCACCCUAAAAAAUAGGAUUUCAUAAUGAUUUAAAAAAAAAAAAAAAAACUAUUAAAACUUUAUUUGUAAUUGUUUUCUUGUAAAAUCACAGUAAAAUUAUGAAUUUCCUCCUGUAUUAUGACAACCUUUUUCCUCCUAAAUUUCUGACAAUUCUUCUAAAAUGAUCCUUUCUUUCUUGCAAUAUCCAGCUUUUUUAAUCAUUCUAAUAUUUUUUUGUGUGAAAUGCCCAUUUUUCUUGUAAUAUUUUUUCUCAUACAUCUAAAACUUUAUUUUCAUUUUAUUUUUUUUUCUUGUAAAUGACGUCAUAAAAUUAAUACAGUACUUUGUGCCCUGUUAAAGAAAUCUAACAUUGCUUUUUUUUUUCUUGUAAAAUAAAAACACCUAAUUAUUAUUUUUGUAAAAGUAUGACCUUGUACUUGUAAAAUGUCACAUUUCUCACCAUAGUACAACUUAUUUUGGAUAUUAAAUUUUUAUUCCCCCCUUGGCAAAACUUCACUUUUAUGCCUGGAAAAAAAGAGUUAUAGUACCACAAAUUUACUAUUUUAAUCUGGAAGAUUAUUAUAAUUUUUUUGGGUAGUCUUUUCAGUGUGGCCCUAACAGCUCUUGGUAAAUUUGAGUGGCUGACAUUGUAGUUUUUAUGCAGACAUGGAAGAACCUUUUUAAUCACGUGCCUUGUGAAAAAUGUAUUUUCUUAAAUAAUAAUGUAAAAAAAAAAAAAAAAAAGAGUAGAGAUUAUGUAUGUAAUAAUCAGCGACUGCUUAUCCACUGUAUCUGCUCUUUGUGCAAAUUGAAGGUUUUGAUGGCUGGUGUGGCGCAAGCCGUUGCACAGUGAUUGAACUCAGAACACUGUGACCAUGAUGAUGAUAAUGAUGAUGAUGAUGAUGAUGAUGAUGACGAUGUGCAUCAUGGGUGCUUGUCAAGUCAAUAUUCCUGCCAAAUACAAAAGUCACUUUUGAGCACCUUUACCAUACCGGAUAACUCUUCAAAUGUUUGUAAUUCAGCGUAGCUUUAAGUAGGUCAACCCUUCUAAUAGAUUGAAAUUAAAUAUGAAUAUAGAGAGUAUAUUAAAGGACACUCAAGAGGAGAUGGGAGUGUAUAGACGGCUUGUAGGGGGAGCGUUCUGUGCCAGAGACCUGUGAAUAUGUUCUUGUUAGCAGAUGUGUAUUAUGCGUUCACGAGAUGUUAUAAAAGUUGUUUUUUUGUGUGCGUGAGUGUAUGCGCAAGUGGGUGCGAGUGAGUGUGUGUGUAUGUGCGUGUGUGUGUGUGUGUGUGCGGUGCACGCGUACCUGGUGCUGGCUACAUUUCAGCAAACACUUGAAGGUAUUGUGUACUCUCAUUGUAAUGAUUAAAAUGUUUUAUACUUAUAA